GCUCGAACGAUUGGCGCAAUUGGAUCUUGAACCGUCGCCAUGGCGAUUCGCAAGCUCAAGGCGCGGGGCAUCGGCCGCUUUGAGCUCUUGAGCUGGCUCAACGAGUUCUUGGAGACCGACUACACCAAGAUCGAGCACCUCGCCGAUGGCAUUGCGUACUGCCAGGUGUUUGACGUCAUCUUUCCCGGCAAAGUCGCGCUGCACCUUGUCAACUUUCACGCGACGUACGAGCCCGAGUUUGAGCGCAAUCUCGGGAUUCUCAAAAAGGCGUUUGAUGCGUGCCAAGUGCGCAAGGAAAUCCCGAUGAAAAAACUCGUGCGCGGUGUCUUUCACGAACACUUCGAUUUCCUCAACUGGAUCCACGACUAUGUGCAUCGCAACUGCCCGGACGCGGCCCGCGGCUACCAUGCGUACGCGCGGCGCGAGGAGAUUUUGAGCACACAGCCCAGUGCCGUCGCGGACGUGAACGUGAACCUCGUGCCCCGCUUCAGCAUGCGCAACGGCUUGUUCCAGUCGGCGGGCCCCAGUUUUCCCGAAGCCAUUUCGACAGAGUCCCACCACGAAGACACGGAUCGUCCUACUAGUAUGGAACGCUCAACGAGCAACAACAAUGACGCACCAUCACCCUUGCGCUCGAUUUCGGACGCAGAAGUCGCCGUCGCCAGCCUCCGCACUGCGCUGCACACCAAAUUACCAGCGAAGCGACCGAGCUUGCGCAGCGCCAAGAAGCCUCUCGAGCCGGCGCCGUGGUCGGGUCCGCUCCAGCGACUGGUAUUAUACACGCUGCGUAAUAUGUUUGGUCGUUCCAGAGGAUGUAGAAUAUCGCGCUGGAGGCCGAGCUCCAUGGCCGGAUUCAAUCCCUGGACAGCGACCGGCGGGACAUUGCGUCGCUCCUCGCCGAGCGCAACGAGCUGUACGAGUGUCUGCGAGACAUGGACAGCGCGUUGCGGGCUGUUGCGCAGCCGACAGACGAAGCCGCCAUCGGAGCCAUUUUGAGUGCUCCUCUGCCACCGUGGCCAUUCGUGACGACCAGCGAGCUCGCGGCGUAGGAGAAUGCAAGACACCACUGAAUGCCAUGUCGCCAGUCCUGGGUCCCGAAUGCAAGGGUUGACAAUCUCACCAGCC